GGGGCACUCCCAGGCGCGUGCGGGAAGGGGGCCGCGGGUCGGAGGGCGAGCGGGGCAGGUCGGAAGAGGUGGUUCGCGGGGUCCUCUGGGGACUACCUCGUCGGCGGGGCGUGGGCGUGAGCUGAACCGCUCCGGCGGUGGGGGUGAUCGAGGAGAGCAGCCUGCUUGUCCGCACAAAGGGGAGGGGACUGAGAACUUAAGCCUGCCUCACCCCGGAGCGGCCCGGUUAGACCUGGCUUGGUCGCUACCAUGAGGUUAAAUGAGAACACUUUGCUGCUGGGGAAGAAGGUGGUGCUAGUACCUUACACCGCAGAGCACGUGCCUAGAUACCACGAGUGGAUGAGAUCAGAGGAGCUGCGGCGUCUGACCGCCUCGGAGCCACUGACUCUGGAGCAGGAACAUUCCAUGCAGCGGAGCUGGCGGGAGGACGCGGACAAGUGUACAUUCAUUGUGCUGGAUGCAGAGAAGUGGCAGGCCCGGCCGAGCACCACUGAAGAGAGCUGCAUGGCGGGAGACGUAAACCUCUUUCUCACAGAUCUGGGGGACCCCUCCCUGGGGGAGAUUGAGGUCAUGAUUGCAGAGCCCAGCUGCAGGCGCAGAGGCUUUGGCACCGAGGCUGUUCUCAUGAUGAUGUCUUAUGGAGUGACCAAAUUAGGUCUGACCAGAUUUGAGGCUAAAAUUGGGCAAGGAAAUGAACCGAGUAUCCGGAUGUUCCAGAAGCUUCACUUUGAGCAGGUGGCUGUGAGCAGCGUCUUCCAAGAGGUGACGCUCAGGCUGACAGUGAACGAGCAUGAGCGGCAGUGGCUUCUGGAGCAGACCAGCCAUGUGGAAGAGAGGUGCUAUGGAGAUGGGCCGCCGCAGUCCCAGUGACAACUGGUCUUGUCAGCAGCCGCUCCAUGUGAAUGGGGGUGCUGGGACCACACAGAACAGCAGAGUUCCGUAACACAAGGUGAACUGUUGGGGGCUUCGGGGCACUGUGCACCUGGCCCCUCUGUAGCCUGUGACUCUUCCUGUGGGGUGCUUCGGACUCUGGGCUGGAGCAGCCUUGGCUUCCCUCAGGCUGGUCGUGUGGAUGAGUUACUUCCGAAACAGCCCACCCUCCUGGCCAGCCCUGGACUUGGAACCUGGAGUGGACAGCGUGAAGCCCCAGGAGGCAGGGUGGUGGUGGGAGCAGAGGCGACUGGAGGCCUGGUGAAGGGAAGGCCAGAGGCACCCUGUGGAGGCGGCCCUGGCUGGGAGUAAACCACACUGCACGGCA